UUUCCCAAAUGCAGAGAGCACCACUCCACUAUCUCUCUUCUCUACAAAACACCCCUUCACUCCACUACUUUUCUGUCUCUCUCUAGGAUUUACAAAUUUCAUUUAUUCACUCUCCAGAUCCAGAAAUUAGUUAGGGUUUACAAAUUUCAUCAAGAUUUUAAGUCAAUUUGUUUAACAAUGGUUGCAGUAGGAGCAUCAAUUGGGAUCGAUUUGGGAACAACAUAUUCAUGUGUUGGUGUAUGGGAAAAUGGAAGAGUUGAGAUUGUUGCUAAUGAUCAAGGAAAUCGUAUUACUCCUUCUUGUGUUGCUUUUACUGAUUAUCAGCGUUUCAUCGGUGAUGCUGCUUUGAAUCAAGUUGCUAUGAACCCUAUUAACACUGUUUUUGAUGCGAAACGUUUAAUUGGUAGGAAAUUCAACGAUACCUCUGUUCAGAGUGAUAUGAAGCUUUGGCCUUUCAAAGUCAUUGCUGGAAAAGAUAAGAGACCAAUUAUUCAAGUCAAUUACAUGGGACAGGUUAAAAUGUUAUCAGCUGAGGAAAUCUCAUCCAUGGUUCUCACUAAGAUGCGAGAAACAGCCGAAGCUCACCUAGGUACAACUGUUACGGAUGCUGUUAUCACAGUCCCUGCUUACUUUAAUGAUUCACAACGCCAAGCUACUAAAGAUGCUGGUCUUAAUGUACUUCGAAUCAUCAAUGAACCAACAGCGGCAGGAAUUGCUUACGGUCUAGAUAAGAAGGCGUCCAAUGUAACCACUGAAAAGGACAAGGCGACUAAUUCUGUUGCAGAGAAUGUUCUUAUCUUUGAUCUUGGUGGUGGUACAUUUGAUGUUUCAAUACUCAACAUCAAAGAGAGUGUCUACGAAGUCAAGGCUACAGAUGGAGAUACCCAUCUUGGAGGAGAGGAUUUCAAUAGCAGAAUGGUUAAUCACCUUGUUCAAGAGUUCAAGAAGAAGCACAACAAGGACAUCAGUAAACAUCCAAAGGCACUCAGGAGGCUGAGGACAUCUUGCGAAAGGGCAAAGAGAACUCUGUCAUCUACUACUCGGACAGCAAUUGAGAUUGAUGCUUUGUAUGAAGGAAUUGAUUUUCAUGCAUCUGUCACUCGUGCUAAAUUCGAAGAGUUGAACAUGGAUCUGUUCAAGAAAUGUAUGGAACCUGUUGAGCUGUGUUUGACUGAUGCUAAGAUGGACAAGAACAGCAUUCAAGAAAUUGUUCUCGUGGGUGGGUCCACUCGAAUUCCCAAGAUUCAGUCUCUACUGCGAAUUCCCAACAUCAACCCUGAUGAGGCUGUAGCGUAUGGUGCUGCAGUGCAAGCUGCUAUUCUGAAUGGUGAAGCUAGUGAGAAGGUGCAGGACUUGGUGUUGAUGGAUGCCACCCCUCUUUCUCUCAGUGUUGAGACGAUAGGAGGUGUUAUGAGCGUGGUGGUCCCAAGGAACACAGCCAUUCCCACCAAGAAACAAAAACCUUAUACUACCACUUUGGACAAUCAAAUUAAUGCGAAGUUUUCGAUAUAUGAGGGUGAGAGAAUUAGAGCCAGUGACAACAACUUGUUGGGUACCUUCGUGUUAUCUGGAAUUGCACCCGAGCCUCGUCAUACUGCAAAGCUUACAGCAUACUUUGAUGUUGAUGCAGACGGUAUAUUGACGGUGGUUGCCGAGGACAUGAAAUUAGGUAGUAAAAAUAUGAUUACUAUCAAAAAUAAUAAGGGAAUGUUGUCUUCUGAUGAGAUUAAGAGGAUGGUUCAGGAGGCUGAGAAAUACAAGUCAGAUGAUGAAAAACACAGUAAGAAGGUAGAAUUAAGGAACAUCUUUGAGAUAUAUGCAAUCAAGAUGAGGAACAUGAUCAGUAAUAGCGGAGUAAUGCUAUCAUCAAAGGAUAAGAAGAAGAUCAAGAAUGCAGUCAACAAGGCCAUUCAGUGGUUGGAUAGCAAUGGAUAA